AAAGUGAUAAGAAACGUGUUAGUGCAAAAUGUUCUUUUAUGGAGCAUUGAUUAUGUCUCUAGUGUUUUUCUCUGAAGGCAAAAUUUGCCCCAAAAACGAAAUUGAGGUAAUUAAUGGCAAUGACGCCCAAAAGGGUCAAUUUCCGUGGCAGGUGGAGUUAAUGUUGGAAACAACAGAAAACGAUUCUAUUUUCUGUAGUGGUGCUUUUAUCAGCAAUAAUUGGGUUCUCACUUCUGCUUCGUGUAUCAAUAAAGUUAAACGCAUGACUGUAAUUUAUGGAACUAAUGAUUUAGGUAACAAUGCAAAUACAAUAAAGACUAAAAGUCACAUAGUUCAUGAAGAUUUUGAUAAUAAUACUCAACAAAAUGAUGUUGGAUUGGUGGAACUCGAGUCACGUGUAAUUUUUGAUGAAACCACUAAAGCUAUAUGUUUGAGUGAAGACGUCAUAGGGGACGGAGUUAACGUUACAAUUGCUGGUUGGGGACACUCUAAUAAUGAUAACAUUAACAUUACUCCGAUUUUACAAUAUGUAAAUGUCUCGACUAUCAAAAAUACAGAAUGUGCAGAAGUUUUUGGUCGUGACAUUGUUACUUCAACUGUGCUUUGCACACACGACUCAAGUCUUGCAAAAGGUCCUUGUAUUAACGACGGUGGAGCCCCCUUAAUUAUCAAUGCUGACACUGACCCAAAACAUGUCGGUAUCUUCAGUUUUAUAGGAGAAAACGGGUGCGAAAAAAAUUUCCCUGCAGGAUAUACAAGAACAGCAUCCUAUUUAGACUGGAUUAAAAAUAAAACUGGUGUAGGAGUCCCUUGCAAAUAAAAAAAAAUUUGUGUUGUAUGCAACCAGUAAAACUUUUGUCGAUUGAAACCAUAGAGUUACAAAAAACAAAAUACAAUAAUUACAGUUUUGUCACACAACAAUUAAUUAAAAUUCCUAACUGUGUGAUAGUAUUGAUUUUAAAUAAAAUUAGAAUUAAAAAUCAAGUUAAAAAUU